CGGCCCUCCCGCAAGCUGUCAGUGCCCGGGCCAGCUGCCUCCUUUCGCGGGUGUUUCUCGCCAGACUGACAGUCCCUACGACAGCAUGCAGUUGAGCUAAGGGAUGGAAGAAGCCAGCCUGUGCCUUGGAGUGUCCCCCGCCGCCGCGGCCGACGCGGAGCCCCGCCGGAGCGGCCCCGUGCUCAACGGCCAGUAUGCCAUGAGCCAGAAGCUGCACCACGUCACCUCGCAGCUGGGCCAGGCCUUCCCCGAGCUGCACGUGCGGCCCGGCCCCGAGGACAAGCCCGCGCCCCUGGACGACCAGGCGCACGUGGCCCUGGGCGGCGGCCCGGCCCUGGGCAGCCCCAUGGCGCUGCUGGCCAGCCCGCUGGGCCGCGACCUGGACACCAGCCUCAACGGGCGCGUGGACCUGCAGCAGUUCCUCAACGGGCAGAACCUGGGCAUCAUGUCGCAGAUGAGCGACAUCGAGGACGACGCGCGCAAGAACCGCAAGUACCCGUGCCCGCUGUGCGGCAAGCGCUUCCGCUUCAACAGCAUCCUCUCGCUGCACAUGCGCACGCACACGGGCGAGAAGCCCUUCAAGUGCCCCUACUGCGACCACCGCGCGGCGCAGAAGGGCAACCUCAAGAUCCACCUGCGCACCCACAAGCUGGGCAACCUGGGCAAGGGCCGCGGGCGCGUGCGCGAGGAGAACCGCCUGCUGCACGAGCUGGAGGAGCGCGCCAUCCUGCGGGACAAGCAGCUGCGGAGCAGCCUGGCGCCCGCGCGCCCGGACCUCAAGCCCCCGCCGCACGCGCACGCGCACGCGCACGCGCCGCCCGCCCCGCCCGCCGCCCCCGGCCACCUGGCGCCCCCCGCCGCCUCCGCCCCCGGCGCGCCCGACGCCGCCCGCCCCGCGCCCUCGCCCAAGCCCGCCCUGGGUGGCGGCGCCCAGGAAGAGGCGGUGGCCCCGGCGGCCGGCUUCCGCUGCACCUUCUGCAAGGGCAAGUUCAAGAAGCGCGAGGAGCUGGACCGCCACAUCCGCAUCCUGCACAAGCCCUACAAGUGCACGCUGUGCGACUUCGCCGCCUCGCAGGAGGAGGAGCUCAUCAGCCACGUGGAGAAGGCGCACAUCACGGCCGAGUCGGCGCAGGGCCAGGGCCCCGGCGGCGGCGGCGAGCAGGCGGCGCACGAGUUCCGCUGCGAGGUGUGCGGGCAGGUGUUCAGCCAGGCGUGGUUCCUCAAGGGCCACAUGCGCAAGCACAAGGACUCCUUCGAGCACUGCUGCCAGAUCUGCGGCCGGCGCUUCAAGGAGCCCUGGUUCCUCAAGAACCACAUGAAGGUGCACCUCAACAAGCUGUCGGCCAAGGCCAAGGCCCCCGGCGACGCCGACGCGCCCGCGCCCCUGGGCGGCCUGGCGCCGGAGGCCCACGCCAACCUGUACUCCCGCUACCUGUCCUGCCUGCAGGGCGGCUUCCUGGCCCCGGACAAAGCCGGCCUGGGCGAGCCCGGCGGCCAGCUCUACAAGGGGGAGCUGCCCCUGAAGGAGAAGGACGUCCUGGGCAAGCUGCUCGCGCCCAUCGCCAGCGGGGCGCACGGGGGCGCCCCCGAGGGGGACAAGCACGCGCUCCUCGGCUGCCUGAGCCUGGUGCCCCCGCUCAAGUCCAGCUGCAUCGAGCGGCUGCAGGCGGCGGCCAAGGCGGCCGAGAUGGACCCGGUGCACAGCUACCAGGCCUGGCAGCUCAUGGCCCGGGGCGUGGCGGCCGACCGAGGCUUCCUGCCCAAGGAGCACCCGCUGCAGCGCGGCCCAGAGGAGGCGCUGGCGCCCGCGGGCGUCCUGUUCGAUAAGGAGAAGCGGGAGUACGUGCUGGUGGGGUCCGACGGCUCCCGCCAGAAAAUGCCAGCCGACCUGGUCCCCGGCUCCAAGGCGGCGGGCCAGAGGGACCUGCCGGCCAAGCUGGACCCGCUGGAGGGCACUCGGGAGUUCCUGUCCCACGGGCUCAGCCAGGCGCUGGACUACCACCUGCAGGGCCCCGGGGGCCUGAAGGAGAAGCCCACCGAGUGCCCGGACUGCGGCCGCGUGUUCCGCACCUACCACCAGGUGGUGGUGCACUCGCGCGUGCACAAGCGGGACCGCAAGGCCGAGGAGGACGGGCCCCACGCGGGCCUGGAUGAGCGGCGCGGCUCCGGCAGCGACCAGGAGUCCCAGUCGGUGAGCCGCUCCACCACGCCUGGCUCCUCCAACGUCACCGAGGAGAGCGGGGUCGGCGGGGGGCUCUCCCAGACCGGCAGUGCCCAGGAGGACAGCCCGCACCCCUCCUCGCCGUCCUCCUCAGACCUCGGCGAGGAGGCGGGGAGAGCGGCCGGCGUGCAGCCACCCGCGCUGCUGCGGGACCGGAGCCUGGGCUCGGCCAUGAAGGACUGUCCGUACUGCGGGAAGACCUUCCGCACGUCGCACCACCUGAAGGUGCACCUGAGGAUACACACAGGUGAGAAGCCCUACAAGUGUCCGCACUGCGACUAUGCCGGCACCCAGUCCGCGUCCUUGAAGUACCACCUGGAGCGGCAUCACCGGGAGCGACAGAACGGGGCGGGGCCCCUGUCCGGCCAGCCCGCCAGCCAAGACCCCCGGGACGAGCCGUCGGGCAAAGCCGCGCUGUUCCUCAGGCCCGACAUCCUGAGGGGCGCCUUCAAGGGCCUCCCCGGGAUGGACUUCCGAGGGGGGCCCGCCGCCCAGCAGUGGCCGGCCGGAGCGCUGUCGUCGGGGGACCACCCCGGCCAGGCCGGCGGCCUGUCUUCCUCGGAGCCUCCGUCAGACGCUCUGAAAGGUGCCGACCUUCCCUCCAAAAGCGCCCACUUCUCCGAAGUCGGAAGAGCCUACCAGAGCCUGGCGGGCAAUGGCGUGAGCUUCCAGGGGUCCCUGCAGGCGUUCAUGGACAGCUUCGUCCUCAGCUCCCUGAGGAGGGAGAAGGGCACCAAGGACAAGGCCCCGCUGGACCCUCCCUCUGCCAAAGUCCACGGGGCGGACGGCGAGGACAGAGGCGGCGGGAAGGCGCCCUCCAGGAAGUCGGAGAAGUCGCAGUACGAGCCCCUGGAUCUGUCGGUGCGGCCCGACGCCCCCGCCCUGCCCGGCUCCCAGGUGACGAUGCGGGACAGCGUGGCCUGGCACGGCUGCUUGUUCUGCGCGUUCACCACGUCCUCCGUGGAGCUCAUGGCCCUACACUUGCAGGCCAACCACCUGGGCAGAGCCAAGCGCAGGGACCCUGCCGUGGGGGUGGCCGUGCCCGGCAAAGAGCAGGCGCGGGAGGCCAGCAAGGCGGCCCUGCUGCCCUCCGUACCGUCCAGCAAGGAUGGGGCCCUGGCCGCCCUGAUGGGGCCUCUGGACUCUGCCUCUGAGAAGACGGCCCCAGGACCGGCCGCGGAGACGCUGGGGGAGCCGAAGAGCGGCCCAUGGCCCGGCCACGUGGACCCCGCGUUCUGCCACUUCCCGUCCGACUUCUACAAGCAGUUCGGCGUCUACCCCGGCACGGUGAGCGCGGGGGCCGCCAGCUCCUGCCCCAACAAGGGGCCUGAGGGCCAGGCCCCCUCCGAGGACGACGCCCCGAUCGUGAUCCCCGACACCGGGGACAAGAACAUGCCCGACGGCCUGUCCGACGUCGCCUCCUCCGACGACAUGGACUCCGCCAAGGGGGACGAUGAGGACGAGGAGAUGGACACGGAGCCCGAGGUGGUGAGGAAGCCGCCCGCGGCCCUCAGCAAGGACAGUGGCGGCGACGGCGGGGACAGCCUGCUGCCCACGGGCGCCCCGCAGCCCGUCCAGGGACUGGCGUCCCCCCUGCCCCCGCCGUCAGAGAAGCCGUGGCACAGCCCGGGCCUCCUCCCAGCCCAGGACCCCGCCGCGGGCCUGGCCCGGCCGGAGCGCGGGCCCCCGGGCCUGGAGAAGCCGGUGAACAUGCUGUCGGUCCUCAGGGCCUACAGCGCCGAGGGCCUGGCCGCCUUCAACGGACUUGCCGGGGGCGCGGCCGGCGCGGGAUGCGUCAAGAGGCCGGACGUGUGCGGUCACCGGCCCUUCCAGUGCCGCUACUGCCCCUACAGUGCCUCUCAGAAGGGGAACCUGAAGACCCACGUGCUCUGCGUGCACCGCAUGCCCUUCGACAACAGCCAGUACCCCGACCGCAGGUUCAAGCGCUCCAGGGUUGACUCGGAGGCGGCGGGCAUGGACGAGGCGGCGGCGGGGGGCGCGGAGCUGGCGGAGGAGGGUGGCCAGGCCCCCGAGGAGCCAGCCCUGGGCGGCCACCUGGCCCAGGCCUAGGGCUGGCGCCCGGAGGAGAGCGAGCUCGCUGCAUCGGGGGGAUCACGGCCCCCCCCCCCCAGCCCCCACUAGUGUCUAGGACGUUGGAGAGAUUAGAGAGAGAUCUAUAUCUAUAUUCAAACAGACCGGCCCUCGACCAUGGCUGCUAAGCUGUUACCGGCCACAGGGACUUCCCGGCCGCGUCCCUGGGGGAAGGCGGCCUCCCGGGGCCGGGCCCACGCCAGCCCCAUCGUCUUUGUCCCCAAACCACGCUCUGCUGGCGGCUGCAAGGCGACGCCAUCCCCAUGCCCUAGUGUGGCCUGGAAGGCGGGGUCCUUGCUCCUGUCAGAAACGCCCCCAGAACCUGACACCCGCUGUGUCCCUGACCUGGCCCCCCCAGGCGCGCAGGGGGUGCAGGGGUACAGGGGGGCACAGGCGGCAUUGGUGCCAGCCGGGCUGGAGUGCGCGGCCCAGAAAAUCAAUAGGCGGCGAGGCGGCGGUGCAGGAAACCCGAGCCGCCCCCCCCCCCCACCAUGGGCCUCACUCAGCGCGUCCAGGUCAAGAAGUGUCUGCGGGCGCCCCCCUCGCCGGUGGGAUGAGCAGUUACCCCCCCCCCCUUAAAUAUAUUUUUAGCUCAAACUGCAGGAUCAAGGAAAGUGCUUUUUUUUUCUGGUUUGUCUUAAUUUUUAAUGUUUGGAUUCAUAAAACAAGGUGGCUAAUGAAAGCGGUUUAGGGGAACACUCCGAACAUGGCUCAGAAGCAGCAGCCCACCCCGUCCCCUCAGGCGCUGGCAAGUCAGGGCGAGGGUGUCCUCCUGGGAAGACAGGCUUUGAUUGUGAUUCUAAGGAUCGGGCGCGGGGGAACCCCUUCCGCAGGAGCUCGGGUUCAAGCGCGAGUCCAGACGCCCCGCUCCCGGCCGCCGAGGGAGAAAACGGUUUGAGUUAAAAUGUCUGUUUUUGUAAAACAAACGUGUUCUCUAUUUUUGUAGAUUUUAGAUUUUUCUACUGAUUGGGUACUCCAAAUUUAUCAAGUUCUUCGCCACUUCGCCGCCCCGAGGGAGACUUUGAGGGCCAAUAAUAAAACACUUAACUCCUUUAAAACAAACAAAAAAAAAAGGUUUAAGAAAGACUAGUUGAGGGUGAUUCUUGAAUCUGCUGGGAUGGAGAGACGGUUCGGCCUCUCCCGCCCGUCCUGUGAGGGACCCAGAACCGGUGCUGCUGCUUGUGGGGUAGAGAAGCGACGAAGUCACAGCUUCUAAAACAGAAUCCUUCGGACUUAAAAAAAGAAAUAAAUAAAAAAGCCCCUCUUUCCCCGCAGGCUGGGAGCACAGGACAAAACCCAGGGCCUUAAGCACUUCAGCUCUGCCUCCAGCAGUUUACCGGGCACUAAACUGCAAUGAUGUACAUACAGCGCUCGCCCUCCCGAGGCAGGAAGUCGGGGCGCACGCGCCUGGGGGUGUCGCCCCCCGGACGGGCUGCCAGACCGCGAGGCCGCUGCGCACCGGGACCGUCGGGCGCACGGCCAGCUGCUCUCUCGUGUUUUCUAGACUAGUUCUCACUGCCUUACUUAACUCGAGUGGAUACAUUAAUGCAACGGUUUCCAUGACCCUAGAGGAAGGACCGCGCUGGUGCCGAGACGUCCGCCCGUAGUGAGCUGUAGGGUUUUAACUGCGCUGCUGUGUUUGGUGACUGUGCCGGUCGCUUGCUUUCUGUGUGUUUGCCCCGCCUUUGGUAUCUUAGCAAAGAAAAAAAAAAUAUCUAUAUAUUAAAAAAAAAAAAAAAGAUUAAAAAAAAGUAAAAAGAAAAAAAAAACACAGGAAAAAAAUGAGAGCCACAUUCCAUUUCUAGCACUUUGGGAACUCCGUAUCUCGCGUGUCUUCUGAGCAUCGUCCGAUGCGCCAGGCAAUAAUAAUUCUGUGUGUGACACUGGGAACAGCCCCCGUCGUGGCGUGUGUGUCCAUCCCACUUGGUCCCGUGCUGCCACCCCGUCCCCCCGACGCACCAGCGACAGCGCCGGGCUCGCGUGUCACCAGGUCCCGCCGCCCGCGCGUCCGGCUCCCUCCCCGUGACCCCCGUGGUCUGUGAUGCUGGUCCUCUCCCGCCCGCACCCGGCGAGGCGCGCUCUCCGGGGAAGUCCGAGAUCAGUAGAGUAGAGGGUUUUGUUGCUAUGCUUGUAACAAGUAGACACCUUUGUAUUUAAAGUCUAUUCUUGGUCAUUAUUUAUUAUGAUAAUACAUCGGUUGACAGAACUUUAUUCUGGUAUAGAAAGUAUUAAAAGUUGUUUUUUCAGCAAUGACUGUUUCCUUUCUGCUGUUAGAAUAAACUGUCUUUGAAGUAGUCACGUUCUAUCCAGUGUUUUAUGCAA